CCUGGGUGAUUUACAAGCCUCUGUCUAUUCCUGCAUGGGCCAAAGGACUGAUGCAGUGCUCAACAUCAGCACCUCUGUCCAGCUGGCAGCCUCCAUGCCUGUGGGAUUCCAGCCGCUGCAGACUCCGGAUCCUGCAGUCCCGGUCGCCUUCUUCCCUUACUUCGACAGGACCUACCUGGGGGUGGCAGCAUCACUCAAUGGAGGCAAUGUGCUGGCCACAUUUGUCCAAAUGCUCGUUCAGUGGAUGGCAGAUCUGGGUUGCACAUUGGGCCACAGAGGAUCUGGCAAAGAUGAAGAAAUGGAAUAGCUUAGACUCUGGGGAGUCUGAGCACCCACCCCAAGAGAACUCCUGCCUGGACCCUCCAGACAGAGACCUUAACUCCAAGCCAUCUCCAGCCAAGCCCCACCUCUUCACUACCAGGAGUCGUACCCGGCUUUUUGGGAAGGGUGACUCAGAGGAGGCCUCACCUAUGGAUUGCCCUUAUGAGGAAGGCGGGCUGGUCUCCUGUCCUCUCAUCACGGUCAGCUCUGUCGUCACUAUCCAGAGGCCUGGGGAUGGACCUGCCUGUGUCAGGCAGGCAUCCCAGGACUCUGUCUCCACUGGUGCUGAGAAGCCCCCCAGGCUCUAUGACCGCAGGAGCAUCUUCGAUGCUGUGGCUCAGAGUAACUGCCAGGAGCUGGAGAGCCUACUGCCCUUCCUGCAGAAGAGCAAGAAGCGCCUGACGGACAGCGAGUUCAAAGACCCAGAGACAGGAAAGACCUGUCUGCUAAAAGCUAUGCUCAACCUUCACAAUGGGCAGAACGACACCAUCGCCCUGCUCCUGGACAUCGCGCGGCAGACAGACAGCCUGAAGCAGUUUGUCAACGCCAGCUACACAGACAGCUACUACAAGGGCCAGACAGCGCUGCACAUUGCCAUUGAGAGGCGGAACAUGAACCUGGUGACUCUUUUGGUAGAGAACGGAGCCGACGUCCAGGCUGCAGCCAAUGGAGACUUCUUCAAGAAAACCAAAGGGCGGCCUGGCUUCUACUUUGGUGAGCUGCCUCUGUCUCUAGCUGCAUGCACCAACCAGCUGGCCAUUGUGAAGUUCCUGCUGCAGAACUCCUGGCAGCCAGCAGACAUCAGUGCCCGGGAUUCGGUGGGCAACACGGUGCUACAUGCCCUGGUGGAGGUGGCAGAUAACACAGCCGAGAACACCAAGUUCGUGACAAACAUGUACAACGAGAUCCUGAUUCUGGGCGCCAAACUCCACCCUACGCUGAAGCUGGAAGAGCUCACCAACAAGAAGGGGCUCACACCACUGGCUCUGGCUGCUAGCACUGGGAAGAUUGGGGUCCUGGCUUACAUUCUCCAGAGGGAGAUCCACGAACCUGAGUGCCGGCACCUGUCCAGGAAGUUCACUGAAUGGGCCUAUGGGCCUGUGCACUCCUCACUUUAUGACCUGUCCUGCAUUGACACCUGUGAGAAGAACUCAGUUCUGGAGGUGAUCGCCUACAGCAGCAGCGAGACCCCUAACCGCCAUGACAUGCUUCUGGUGGAACCCUUGAACAGACUCCUGCAGGACAAGUGGGACAGAUUUGUCAAGCGCAUCUUCUACUUCAACUUCUUCGUCUACUGCUUGUAUAUGAUAGUCUUCACCACGGCUGCCUACUAUCGGCCUGUGGAAGGCUUGCCCCCCUAUAAGCUGAGGAACACCAUUGGAGACUAUUUCCGAGUCACUGGAGAGAUCCUGUCUGUGAUGGGAGGAGUCUACUUCUUCUUCCGAGGGAUUCAGUAUUUCCUGCAGAGGCGGCCAUCCCUCAAGAGUUUGUUUGUGGACAGCUACAGUGAGAUACUUUUCUUUGUGCAGUCGCUGUUCAUGCUGGUGUCUGUGGUACUGUACUUCAGCCAACGCAAGGAGUACGUGGCUUCCAUGGUGUUCUCCCUGGCUAUGGGCUGGACCAACAUGCUCUACUAUACCCGAGGAUUCCAGCAGAUGGGCAUCUAUGCAGUCAUGAUUGAGAAGAUGAUCCUCAGAGACCUGUGCCGAUUUAUGUUCGUCUACCUCGUGUUCUUGUUUGGAUUCUCCACAGCUGUGGUGACACUGAUUGAGGAUGGGAAGAAUAACUCUGUGCCUGUGGAGUCCACAGCACACAAGUGGCGGGGGCCUUCCUGCAGGCCACCGGACAACUCCUACAACAGCCUGUACUCCACAUGUCUGGAGCUGUUCAAGUUCACCAUCGGCAUGGGCGACCUGGAGUUCACUGAGAACUACGACUUCAAGGCUGUCUUCAUCAUCCUGUUGCUGGCCUAUGUGAUUCUCACCUACAUUCUCCUGCUCAACAUGCUCAUUGCCCUCAUGGGUGAGACGGUCAACAAGAUCGCCCAAGAGAGCAAGAACAUCUGGAAGCUGCAGAGAGCCAUCACCAUCCUGGACACAGAGAAGAGUUUCCUGAAGUGCAUGAGGAAAGCCUUCCGCUCUGGCAAGCUGCUGCAGGUGGGGUUCACACCCGAUGGCAAGGAUGACUACCGGUGGUGUUUCAGGGUGGAUGAGGUGAACUGGACUACCUGGAACACCAAUGUGGGCAUCAUUAACGAGGACCCGGGCAACUGUGAAGGAGUCAAGCGCACCCUGAGCUUCUCCCUGAGGUCGGGCCGAGUUUCAGGGAGAAAUUGGAAGAACUUUGCCCUGGUUCCUCUUCUGAGGGAUGCAAGCACUCGAGAUAGGCAUACCACCCAGCCUGAGGAAGUUCAUCUGAAGCAUUUUGCAGGAUCCCUUAAGCCAGAGGAUGCUGAGGUCUUCAAGGAUUCCAUGGGCCCAGGGGAGAAGUGAAGGACACCAUGUAGGGGUCAAUGCUGGGUCUUUGGAUGGCCAUUACCCCUGUCAGGAAGGUCUUCUCAGGGAACAUCAAGCCCUUUUGUUGCCUGGGUCCAUUCUGUGCCUGCCUAGGCACGUUCCUAGGACUUCCCUAGGCAUGCUGUAGGAAGGUGGGAGAGUGUGUGGGAAGAGAUCUGCAUCCAACCGUCAUUGUCUUUAGGCGAAUCUUCAAACACUUGGCUUUUAGCUCUUUACAGACCUUGUUAAACAGAGUGGAUGGCAAAUCUCUACUUGGACACAUGUUAGGCCCUGAUUUUUGGAUUGCUGGGAUUAUGAGCAAAUAGAGUCCAGGGAAACAACCUUUAAAUACCUGCUUUGAUAUAAAAUGCUGAAACCUUUCUUCUCUGUACUAUGUUAACAUCUUACCUACCCUGAGAGAUUUGGAGGAGUCUGUCAUUUGACAAACCCAGAGAAGGUGGGGGAUGCCAGUCCCAUUCCCAAUUCCAGCAGAACCAAGUUACUUCAAAGUGAUUCCCCCUUUGAUGUAAAAUAUCAGUCUUUACAAAAUAUUAGCUUCAUUGCUGUUAAAAAGAAAUACAGAACCACAUUCAAAGGACACGGCAGGAAGUUUUCAAUGAUCUCUCAUCUGUUGUAAUCAUAAUCCUGCCUCUCUUCCUGCAGUGCUCAAUGUUUCUACUGUUAGUCUUGUAAUUCAUAAAAUAAACUAUGUAUGUCUGCAAAUAUGCUUUUUAAUAGGUAUGAACUUGGUGAUAAUAAUUGGGUUGACAUUGCUAGGUGGUUUUCUGUUCAUUUUGUUUGUGCCUCUCUGUCU